GCCCCUCCGCGUUCUCGUCCCCGCGGGGCUCUGUCCGCGGUGCCGCCCCCGCCGGCACAAUGAGCUUCUUCGGGUUCGGGCAGAGCGCGGAGGUUGAGCUGGUGCUGAGUGACGCUGAGAGCCGGCGGCGGGUGGAGCACAAAACGGAGGAGGGCAAGAAGGAGAAAUACUUCCUUUUCUACGAUGGGGAGACCGUGUCCGGCCGGGUCAUCCUCACCCUGAAACACCCCAACAGGCGGCUGGAGCACCAGGGCAUCAAAGUGGAGUUCAUCGGGCAGAUCGAGCUCUACUAUGACCGAGGAAACCACCAUGAGUUUGUGUCCCUGGUGAAAGACCUGGCCCGUCCUGGGGAAUUCACUCAAUCACAGAUAUUUGACUUUGAAUUCACACAUGUGGAAAAACCUUAUGAGUCCUACACGGGGCAGAAUGUGAAGUUGAGGUAUUUCCUCCGAGCGACUGUCAGCCGCAGGCUGAACGACGUGGUGAAGGAGAUGGACAUAGUUGUGCACACUCUUAGCACCUACCCAGAGCUCAACUCCUCUAUUAAGAUGGAGGUUGGGAUUGAGGACUGCCUGCACAUUGAGUUUGAGUAUAACAAGUCCAAGUAUCAUUUAAAAGAUGUGAUUGUCGGUAAGAUCUACUUCUUGCUAGUGCGGAUCAAGAUCAAACACAUGGAGAUAGAUAUCAUCAAGAGAGAAACGACGGGGACUGGACCCAACGUUUAUCAUGAGAAUGACACAAUAGCUAAAUAUGAGAUCAUGGACGGUGCCCCUGUGAGAGGGGAGUCCAUUCCCAUCAGACUCUUUCUGGCUGGCUACGAGCUGACUCCAACAAUGAGAGACAUCAACAAGAAGUUCUCAGUGCGUUAUUACCUCAACUUGGUGCUGAUUGACGAGGAAGAGAGACGCUACUUUAAACAGCAGGAGGUGGUGCUUUGGAGGAAAGGAGACAUAGUGAGGAAGAGCAUGUCCCACCAAGCAGCCAUCGCCUCCCAGCGGUUUGAGGGGACGUCCUCACACACGGAGGCCAAGACCCCCAGCCAGCCUGCAGAGAACAACGGCCGGCAGUGAGAGGCCACGCAGAGGAGGGCUGCUGUGGAGCCAGCGGGGACAGCAGCGAGGAGGAAGAAAAAAAACACUUCGGAGACUUUGUGGAAAAAAAAAAUAACCAGUUUUUGAACUCAAUUCCUUUCUUCAAAGGACUAGCAGGGUGGGAAGGGGCUGGGAGGGCAGGGCGAGGCGGAGCACUGGUGGCGCAGAGUUGAAGUUACCUCAGUGCUUCUCCAUCAACUACAUUCCUUGGGUCGGCUGCUUUGAGGCGCAUCUGGAGGCUGCGGAGCUGCCUGAUCUCCUCUUUGCCCCGAGACCCUUUUGGUGUGGCUGCAGGGAAGGAGAGAGCAAGUGAAAGCCAAACCUGCUGCGGCUCAGCAGUGCAGAGGUUGCUUUGGGACUGCGUGGGAUGGAUAUUUUUCUUGCCUUUCAGAAAACUGCACAAGGGAAAAUGAAAUGAAAAACAGCAUUUAGUUGGAAGGUAGAGGAGGGAGUCGGGAGACUGAGGCGCAGCCUGCUUGGAGUGGCUUCAUCUUAUCCCCUCACUGCCUCCUCUUCCUCUUCGUGUUGGUGGUGGAUGCUUUGUCACAAGCAGUUAUAGAAUGUAGCAGUGCCACGCAGCCACUUUGCUGGUGGGACACGGGCAGCAGGACGGCUUGUGUGUCCUUGUGGGAGCUCCUGGCCGUGUGCUGGGCUGGGGGGAGCUGGGCUGGUUGACAUGUGAAUCCAGUAGGACGUGGAACAGAGAGGUGGCACAGGCUGGGCAGUGCAGUGAGGGUCAGGAGGAGCAAGCGGUGGUGCUGGGUGGUCGAGAAGUCAGGGCAGAAAGGCUGCAGGCUGAGAGCAGUGCCUUCUGAGCGCUGUCUUUGAGAUUCAGCCUUUGGUUGCAGUCCCAGCUGCUGCUGCGGAGCAGGGCAGACCAACCUCGGGAGGUUGGAGCACAGUGUUGGGAUGUGAAAAAUACUGUGGGAGUGAGUUUGUACUGCACGUGCUGCUGUGCUGAUGCUUUGUGUCCUUGUGACAGAGCAGGCAUCACAGCAGGGCAGAGAGCAGUACAGAAACGUGUGUUGUAUUGUUUGCUCUCUCGCCUGCAGAGUGAGGGUUGGUAAGGCCAGAAAGAGGAUGCAGUUGUUUAAGGAGCUCGUGGCUGAUGCAUGCUGCUAGAACAAGCCAAGCAGGAGCUGGAAGGAUGGUAGAGUUCUCAAAUUCCAGAGAGACAUUCUUGAGGCCUGAGCUGAAGUCACCAGUGAGGUCUGAGGGUGUGCCUUGAAUUGAGAACCUGAAUGCAGUUGUGGUCUUGUUUCUUUUUAAUUCUAAAAUAAGCUGCUUUUAGUCUUCAGCUAAGUAGAAUCAUGAGAACAUUCCCAGAAUGGAAUCAUUCCUCCAUUAAAAAUUAGAAAUGGCUUUGUGGAUUUGAUUGAGUUUGGAGAAUAUCCAUCCUGUUCAGAUGCCCUUCGGGGAAGCAGGUGGUUGGAGCUCCUACCAGAUGGAGGGACAGCACUGCACUAGAUGCUGGGAUAGGAGCUCCAUCAAGUGGGAUUUGUCUGAGUUUUUCUGCAAGUUUGUGGCUCGCUGUGGUUUUGUCCAGCUGCUUUCUGAUUCUGGAAUGAACCUCCUCUGCCUCUGUCCUACAGCUGAAUGUAGAACAGUUGUCUUGCAGCUGGGAAAUGGAAGCAUCUUCUGCUUCGUUUAGUCGAAUGAUGCUGGUGGAGGGAAUGGGGUCAGGGUGGGAAGGGGAGCUUUUUAUGUAAUAAGACAGCUACUGUAUUUCAGUGAUCAAUGUGUGUUUCUGCUUGCCAAAGUAAGUUAUCUUUUAAUCACCAUGUGUAAGGUUGUGGUUUUUAGUAGAGCUGGGCAGUCUCGCUCUGUUGUAGAGGACACUAAUGAACUCAUCUCUGCUGAAUGCUCGUGUCACACCGUGUUCUGCUCUGUAAUAGUGAAGACGUGACUUGCUCUUCUUUACAUGAGAAGUGUGUGCCAUGGGCUGGAGCCGUGUGCUCCUCAGACUGAAGCAAAAGCUGAGACAACUACCUUGUUACGCCAGGGCAGAGGUGAUGUCUGCAGGUCUCACCUGGCAAAGCAAUCUGGUUGUUAUUUUGACACUCACUUAUUCUACUCCCCCUCUGUGAAGGGGGAACCACCUUGCUGUGGCAAUACACAAUCUUUGAGAGACAAGUGGAGCUCCUGCAGGAGCCUCAGGGGAUAGCAGACUAUCUUUCCACAGCUAAGCUGAGCACAGCAGCAACCAAACCACCCUCUGCUUGCCCUCAGCUCCCCUCCAACUUAGAAUUUUUCCCCUCGUGAAUUCCUUUUGAUUGUAGGCCAUGUGGUAUUAAAGAAACCCCAUGGAUGAAAAUGUCUUUGCAUUCCAGGAGUGGUUUGUUUACUGUCUGAGCAGCAUCAGUACAGUCUGACAAGAUAAUGCACUGUAAGGAGAUUUCAAUUAAUCAUCUGUUCAUCACUUGUAGAGAGCUUGCUUAGAAUGAAUCACAGAAUGGCUUGGGUUGGAAGGGACUUAAAGAUCAUCUAGUUCCUCAACUCCCCUUCCAUGGGCAGGGUUGAAAAAAAGUGCAUGAGCCUAUAUGGCUUUUUGUUUUGUUUUUUCCUCCUUUGUGCCUCUCUCCCCCGUGUCCCCAGCUGUGAAAUCACAGUUUAGAAAUGAUCCCCACUUCUCAUCUGAGGAUCGUUUAACCCGUUGCCCACUAGGCCCUCUGUUUGUCUGGGCUGGAGCAGAUGUGCUGGGCAGGUUAAAUGGAAGCAUAGAACAAGGUACUGUAGGAAAGCACUUCAUGAGCACAGCGGGGGGCAGACACUAACUGAGCUGUGUUCCCCUGAGCUGGAUGGUUCUGUUCAUUACUUGGGUCAUUCCCUCUCUCCUAGGCAGCUUCAGGUAGGGGGGAGCAGGCAAGUACUAAACCAAGCAGUGCAACUUGUAAUUAAGCCUCUGCUGUGUUUACAUGUUUCUUAAUUCGUCGUCUUUUCAAUGGCUGUAUUUUAAAACUUGUUUUUUUUUUUGUCUCUCCAAUUAAAAAAGAGCCAGCCUUGGCCAUCAAAUGCUG